AAUAUAAACAAUGAAGGAAAUAAUAAAUUGCUACCUCCGUGAGUAGUUAGGGUUUCCCUGUCCGUGGCUCUCCUUCGCUCCGUUCUGUUCAUCCAACUUCCUCAGGCUCACUCCAUCAACCACCCCAACCUCAGCUCCAUUCAAUACACUCACAGGGUAGCUAGAGCAAGUAAAGAAUGGGCUGGUAGAUAUUUAUGGAGUUUGUCUUUUCGUGACUAUAUUCAUUCUAGUAGUGGGUAGACGAUUAGGCCUAAUAUGGAAACUGGGAAUAGCACUGCACGAGCUGAGGAACUCAAAGCCCAAGCAAAUGAAGCUUUCAAAGCGCAUAAAUAUGCUCAAGCAAUUGAUCUCUAUUCGCAAGCAAUUGAACUGAAUGGAGAGAAUGCUGUGUACUACGCCAAUCGCGCAUUCGCGCACACCAAGCUGGAGGAAUAUGGAAGUGCCAUACAAGAUGCCUCGAAGGCUAUUGAAAUUGACCCAAAAUAUUCGAAGGGUUACUAUAGGCGAGGAGCAGCUCAUCUUGCUAUGGGUAAAUUUAAAGAAGCUUUGAAGGAUUUCCAGCAGGUCAAGCGAAUCUGUCCAAACGACCCCGACGCUACCAAGAAAUUGAAGGAAUGUGAAAAGGCAGUUAUGAAACUUAAAUUUGAGGAAGCGAUUUCUCUACCGGAAUCUGAAAGGUGUUCUGUAGCGGAUUCCAUUGACUAUCAUACCAUAGGGCGGGUCCCCACUCAGUCAUCGUUGCUCACCCCAGUGGCCGUAGUGUCGGCGGCAGUUGCAACUGUGGCGACAGUGGUAAAGUUGGUGGGGCCUGAAGCAGCCGCAAAGGUGGCAAUGAUGCUGGUAGUGGCUGGGGCUUGUUGGUGGAAUAGUGGGCUGUUCUUUGGGAGUGGGAGUCGAGACCUUAACCUAGAGGUGGAGCCACAGUAUUCAGGUGCAAGGAUAGAGGGGGAUGUUGUUACCUUGGAUUUCGUGAAGAAGAUGAUGGAGGAUUUCAAAAAUCAGAAGUCCUUACACAAACGGUAUGCUUUCCAAAUUGUUUUGCAAAUUAGAGAGAUGUUGAGGGCAUUGCCUUCACUCGUGGAUAUAAAUGUUCCUGAGGGAAAGCAUUUUACCGUUUGUGGUGAUGUACAUGGGCAGUACUAUGAUCUCUUGAACAUCUUUGAGCUAAAUGGGCUUCCCUCGGAAGAGAAUCCUUAUCUGUUCAAUGGUGACUUUGUUGAUCGAGGUUCAUUCUCCGUAGAGGUCAUCCUGACUUUGUUCGCGUUUAAGUGCAUGUCUCCAUCUGCAAUACAUCUUGCCCGAGGAAACCAUGAGAGCAAGAGCAUGAACAAGAUCUACGGCUUUGAGGGUGAGGUGCGGUCCAAGCUGAGUGAAACGUUUGUUGAACUCUUUGCAGAAGUUUUCUGCUGCCUACCUUUAGCCCAUGUUAUCAAUGGGAAGGUUUUCGUGGUUCAUGGGGGCCUCUUCAGUGUCGAUGGGGUGAAACUCUCAGAUAUCAGAUCCAUCGAUCGGUUUUGUGAGCCUCCUGAGGAAGGUUUGAUGUGUGAAUUGCUGUGGAGUGAUCCGCAGCCAAUACCGGGGCGAGGGCCGAGCAAGCGGGGCGUUGGCCUUUCUUUUGGGGCAGAUGUCACGAAAAGAUUUUUACAGGAAAAUAAUUUAGAUCUAGUUGUGCGAUCUCACGAAGUAAAGGACGAAGGCUAUGAAAUCGAACAUGAAGGAAAACUCAUCACUGUGUUUUCUGCUCCAAAUUAUUGUGACCAGAUGGGUAACAAGGGAGCCUUCAUUCGAUUUGAAGCCCCUGAGCUGAAGCCUGAUAUUGUCACAUUCUCGGCAGUGCCGCACCCGGAUGUCAAGCCAAUGGCGUACGCAAACAACUUCCUCCGAAUGUUCUCGUGAUCGUGAUCUGCAAACACAACGAAAACUACCUACCUCUACUUUUCUUUUCCUAGGAGAAAAACCGAAACCAAGGUAGCUGUUACUAUGUAAAACGUCUCAAGGUUUUUGUUCCGCUGUGAACUCUUUCCGAUUCAUUUGCAGCAGCAGCAUCAGUGUUUUUCGAACCUUUUGUUUUCCAGAUCCCGAAAGUCGGGAUCGGGCGAAAGUGUGAUAAAGAUGAUGCUGAUGGUGCCAUGUAAAAUAUACUUUGGGCCUUUUGAUUUUCAUUUCAUACUGUAUCUAUUGUCCCAAAACCUGUUAGGCGGAUCAUACUCGGAGUUUGCUA